UAAAAGAAAACGACAAACACGUCAUUCUCCAUCAAAAGGGGAUGAAACUGAUUUAAAUCAAAGUUCGUAGAAGUAUUUUAUUAAAUAGACUUAUUAUAAAUUAGAAAAAUAAGAUCUCAAAACAACAAACAACAACUUAACAACAUUCUAAAGCAAUUAUGGCCACUACAAGUUCCAAUAACACAGUUCUAACAAACGAAAAUAACCAUGCAAAAAACAUUGCCCUUAUCACUGGCAUUACCGGGCAGGAUGGUUCUUAUUUGGCAGAAUUUCUUCUAAAGAAAGGCUACGAGGUCCAUGGAAUUAUACGGCGGGCAAGUACUUUUAAUACUUCCCGCAUUGAGCAUUUGUAUACCGAUCCAAAAGCCCACAAGGGUGGACGCAUGAAGCUGCACUAUGGUGACAUGACGGACAGCAGCAGUCUGGUAAAAAUCAUAUCUACGGUUAAACCGAAGGAAAUUUACAAUCUGGCAGCGCAGAGUCAUGUAAAAGUGUCGUUUGAGCUGAGCGAAUAUACCGCCGAAGUAGAUGCGGUAGGAACUCUUCGGCUCUUGGAUGCCAUAAGGACGUGUGGAAUGGAAAAAGAUGUGAAAUUCUAUCAAGCCUCAACGUCCGAACUAUACGGCAAGGUUGUGGAGACUCCACAGAGUGAAACAACACCUUUUUAUCCAAGAUCUCCAUAUGCAUGUGCCAAAAUGUAUGGCUACUGGAUUGUCAUCAAUUAUCGCGAGGCAUAUAACCUCUUCGCAUGUAAUGGCAUCCUCUUCAACCAUGAAUCACCUCGACGAGGUGAGAAUUUCGUUACCAGAAAGAUCACCCGGUCGGUUGCAAAAAUUUCACUUGACCAACUGGAAUACUUCGAGUUGGGUAAUUUGGAUUCCAAACGAGAUUGGGGUCAUGCAAUGGACUACGUAGAGGCAAUGUGGUUAAUGUUGCAACGCGACUCACCAGACGACUAUGUCAUUGCGACAGGAGAAACGCACAGUGUCCGAGAAUUCGUUGAAGCUGCCUUCAAGUUUAUAGGAAGAGAAAUAAUCUGGCAAGGAGAGGGCGUCAAUGAAGUUGGCAUCGAAAAGGCCACGGGAACCAUGCGUGUUAAAAUAAAUAGCAAAUACUUCCGUCCAACUGAAGUUGAUCUAUUGUUGGGCGAUGCGAGCAAAGCAAAACGGGACCUUGGCUGGCAACCAAAAGUUACAUUUGAUCAUUUAGUUGAGGACAUGAUGAAGGCCGAUAUUGAACUCAUGAAAAAGAAUCCUAUAGCGUAGUUAUAGGAAGAAAUGUAGGUUUUUUGUUUAGUUCGUUUGUUGUUUUGAUGAUGAUUUCCAGCGGGACAGCACAAAAUAGUUAGUAAUUUCAUAUUUUUUACACGCUACACAUUUCCACUUAUUUAACGCUUUAUAAUAAUUGAUGCAUUUUAUAACUAUAUAAAUUAUUAUUUUAUUAUUUCAUAAAAUAUAUUGUAAGCAUAAAAUAAAAAAAGUUUCCUUAUAAAAA